AUGCUUGUAGUUUUGACCAUUGUCAAAGCGAGUUCAGCUAAUUGUCGAAGACUUUAUUCGAUGCAAUUUUUCUUAAUGCGAAAUAUUUGUUUCAAUAUGAAUACAAUAAAUAUUGAAUGCUUUUGUAUCGAAACUAUUUUCCAGUACGAAGAUGGUUUCUACGUAAAGUAUGAUUAUCAGUAUGUCCUGCCACAAGGAUAUGGAUUAUAUGUUCAACAUUUUCCACAUCAGCAAGCCCCUACAAUGCUUGCUUAUCGACUUCCAAGUGAAGAUGGUGUUUACGGAUCGCCAUCUGGAGUCGUGGAUUCCGGCUUGCAGGCAUUUCAGUAUCAGCCUCAAGCAGAAAUGAACGGAAGUGAACCUCUCGAAGAAUUUCCUCCGUGUGAGAUGCAAACACAUCAAUCGGAUUCUUCUUCUGUAGCAGAAAUGUCGCUACAUCCGGGGCAACCAAAUAUGUUGCAAAAUAACUCGGAACCGGUACAUAAGACCCGGAAAGAAGUGGAAAAUACGGAACCCGACGUGCUUUCGUCAUUUGAAACUUGUCAAGUUGUAUCAAAUCCACACGUUAAUGGUAAAUUCCGUUAA